UGCGUGAGGCUUGAAUUGAAGCAUGCACUGAUUGCUACGCAGUAGUUAUAGUUCAACUGUAGUAGUGGCUGGCAAAGCAGACUUGACUGUAGCUUGCAAUGCUACGCUGUUGCGUCUCCGAAUAAUUUCACACUCCACACCUCACGAGGCCAAUCGAUCGCUAUGCUAAGCUCGUACGUUUGCCGUCAGUGCAGAGUUCGACUUGCACGACGCGUUGCCCCCACACGAAACCUCCAAUGGCAACCGCGAGCCACGUUCAUCUCGCUGCGCAACCAGCAGCCGCAAGACGGCACGGAACCAGCAGACACCACGGCGCAACCCCAAACUCAACAGAACAACGCAUCAGAUCACUCUCAGAAUGAGCCGAGGAUACGGUACACGUCCCACUUGCAAGGGAACGACAGCCCACAGCGCACUGGUCGAUAUUCGAGACACAUCGAUGAGCCCUCUGAGAAUACCGAACAGCCUGCCAAACAAUCUUUCAUCAAAAGAGACCCUAGCGAACGCAUGUCGGAUACAACGGAAGCGGGAGAUCAGGGGACUUCUUAUAUCAAGCCUAUCGAAAAGCAACUGAAAAAGGGAAAUGUGGGGGAGGCCUGGAGCUUGUUCGAGAAAACAUAUACAUCCAGCGACUGCAAAGCCUUUACGGAGCCGUCUCUCAGCGAUGUUCCUGAGCUUCGUAGUGGCAGGUUCUUCCUGACCCUUCUCAGCACUGUCAACAAGGCUUUCUGCACUGGCACCGCAGAGCCGUCUGUAACCCCGACCACCGUUCUCUUCAAGUACGAGCAGUUGGGCAUUGCCAGACCCGAAUACUGGACCCGUCAGACUCUGGCCUACCUUACACAUAACGCCACUAUUGCGGUUAACGGCUUGAGCACAGAGCUUCAGCGAGAUCUGCCUUCCCUACUGUUCGAGCUGCUGUCCGUGUGGCGACUGUUCUUCCAAUGCAAAGGCCAGAAGAGCGAUCCUCUGGAGACCAUCAGCACUGAGUGGCCAAUAUCGGUGACCUCCGAGUCUUUCCACGAAUUGCAUGAAUCUAGAGACUUCUCUCUUCGCCUACAAGAGUAUCAUCCUAAGUACAUUGGUAACCCAACGUUGGGCUUCUGCGCCAUCUACCUGUAUAACUUAUCCGAAGCGCUCGAGGCCUCAGACUCUCUGAAAGAACAAGCCGCACCCUUCAUGAACUUACUAACUCAUCUCCUGGCGGGCUCCAAGGUGAACCCUGUUUUCAAGCACACACAGACGUCGAGAGAAUUCGGAUCAUAUUCUGAGGAAUUGCAGAAACAAAUCAUGGCAGAAAUCAACCUUGCCCCACAGAGAGCCAUGAUCAAUGUCGGGUCACAUGGCGCUCCAAAAGAGGGCAACAAUGGCGAUCCACAAUCAAGCUUGGAACAAUUCCAUUUAAAAAGAAUAGAACGUGCGGUCGAAUCUCGAGCUUCUGCGGCAACUCUAGAUAGUCUCUGGACUCAGGUUGAGAAAGGAUACGUGACAGAAAGUGGAAAGCCUGAGAUACCAAUACGGCUCUAUAAUGCGUUUCUUUCUGGCUACUUGGUCCUGCUGAGCGCACAACGCUCUGUUCAAGUGUGGAAUCAUAUGGUCGCGCAUGGCGUCAAGCCUGACCUGGCCACAUGGGUGGCGCUUCUUGAAGGCUGCGAGAAGGCGAAAGAUCUUGAUGGCUUCAACGCGAUGUGGUCACGCAUGCUCAGCUCUGGGGUCGAGCCUGAUACUUACGCCUGGACGACUCGGGUGCAUGGUUUGGUGGCACUACGCCAACUCAACGUGGCAAUGAAGACACUCGAUGAUAUGGGCAACAAGUGGUUGUCAGCCGAGGCGGUCAUCAAGACUCCUCAGACACAUUCAAAGAGAAGCAAAGCCGUUCAGAACCUUCCAGCAUCCGCCAAGGCGGUCAACAACUGCACAAAGCCCUCCGUUGAGGUUGUCAAUGGUGCCAUCUCGGCUCUCGUCCAGCUACCUUUACCCGAUCGAGGAGGUAUGAGACUUGUGACGCGUAUCGAACACGUCCAAAAGCUUCUUCGUUGGGCCAGCAACUUCGAAAUCAAGCCUGAUGCCCGCACAUACAAUGGCCUCAUGCAGCUUUACCUCCGUGCCGGAGACUUCAAAACCGCCUACAGAGUCCUCGGGCAAAUGGAUAAAGCAGGCAUCGACGGCGACGUUGCCACCUACACUAUGCUCAUCACCGCCGGCUUCGACAGGAACGCCUAUGACGGCCUGUCCGAAUCCCAGCAAACAGAACGUAUUCUCGGUCUUCUGAAUGAGCUUGAAUCCAGCGGCCUGAAGCUUAACGGCUUUGUCUAUGCCACAGCUAUCGACCGCUUACUGAAACAGUACUCGAAUUACACCGCAGUCCGUGCCAUAAUCGACACGAUGGAAGCGCGAAAGAUCGCCAUAAGCGCACACGUUUACACGUCUCUCAUAACCUACUACUUCCAGCAUUCCCCGCCCCUAAUCUCUUCCGUGGACUCUCUCGUCAACCAAAUCUUCACAAGCCACCGCAUGCCGAGUGACAGAUAUCUUUUCGAUCGCACAAUCGAGGGGUACGCAGAGUUCGGCGAGGUGGGUAAAAUGAUGAGCGUGUUGACGCGCAUGUCUAAGCAUCGCAAGCAACCUGGCUGGCAGGCUAUCACGGCGGCCGUCAGGGCGCUGGUGCAAGCAGGUGAUAUGGAAUCCGCGAGAUUGGUGGUCAGGGACGUGGAGCGAGGGCAGGGCGUGGCGCAGGGGGGAAUCACGGGAAGCACAAGAGCAGAGCGACAAUUCUUUGGUAUCGUGAAGGGGUUGGGGUUGGAAUUGGAGGAGGAGCGGAUGGGGGAUUCUAUCAGAAAUCAAAAGGUGGACAUACAGCAGGAGUUCGCCGAGGCGAGAGAGCAGGAUGUUUUGCAUGAGGUUGGGCGCGAAUCUGGGAAUGUGGAACGCGAGCCUGACAAUGUGGCAGCGGGGGAAAAGGAAGAGGAAGUUUAUGGUUUUUUGACGGAUGAGCCCGAGUCACAACCACAGCGCGGUUGAUCAACUUUGUUGUACGUUGAACAGCUAGACUAACGAGACUUUCGUUAUCGACGCAACACGGUGCUACACUAGACCAAAUCAAUGUGUCAGCCAAAACACAACAAUCCAACAAACCCCAUGUUCGCAACAAAAAUCUACAAGAUGCUCAGUUGUCUUGGUCAGUUUGCUGCAAGAGCUUGUUGGGUGCAGUAAUGAUGGAGUGGUGUGCCUGGACGAGUCUGAGGAUAAGGGAGACAAGCGCCACAUGAUACAUUGCUGUAACCUGGAAGAUGGAGUUUGAAAGGUUAGCAGAACGACAGGUGUAUGACACUCUCGCCGUCGAAUGAUCGAAGUGUUGUUUGAAGGUAUGAUUGACUGUAGUUCUAAGAAGUCUAGUUUGCGAGUGAAUUAGUCUGAGAAUAGACGAAGAGCCGAUCACUGAAGAUGU